AUGAACUUCACGGAUCGGGCAACCAAAGCCCUUUCCGAUGCGAUGGCAACCGCAGAAUCCUAUGCCCAUCCGCAACUCCUACCCCUCCAUCUCGCCGUGAGCCUUCUCGACCCUCCGGCAGACGAAUCGAAAGAUCAACAGAACCCCGCAAACGCACCACAAUCGCUCUUCCGCCAGGUCGUUGAACGAGCUCAUGGAGAUGCACAAGCUCUGCAGCGAGCCCUCAAUCGGGCGCUCGUACGAUUACCGAGUCAAACACCGGCGCCCGAGCAGAUCUCCAUGGCACCCUCGUUUACGAAGGUUUUGAGACAGGCACACGAGUUACAGAAGACGCAGAAGGAUUCUUUUAUUGCGGUGGAUCAUCUGAUUAUUGCGUUGUCGGAGGACCCCUCUGUGCAGACGGCUUUGAAGGAGGGGAAUGUUCCCAAUGUCAAGGUGCUGCAAGAUGCGGUUCAGUCGAUUCGAGGUACGCGCAGAGUGGACUCGAAGACGGCGGAUGCGGAAGAGGAGUUUGAGAAUCUAAAGAAAUUCACGAUUGAUAUGACGGCGUUGGCGCGAGAGGGAAAGAUUGAUCCGGUUAUUGGACGAGAGGAGGAGAUUAGACGGGUGGUUCGGAUUCUGUCUCGACGAACGAAGAAUAACCCGGUCUUGAUUGGAGAACCUGGUGUGGGAAAGACAACUGUGGUGGAAGGCCUGGCACAGCGUAUCGUUAACAACGAUGUCCCAGACAAUCUUGCAGCUUGCAAGCUUCUGUCACUGGAUGUUGGUUCUCUGGUCGCGGGUAGCAAGUACCGAGGAGAGUUCGAGGAGAGAAUGAAGGGACUGCUGAAGGAAAUCGAACAAACCAAGGAGUUCAUCGUUCUCUUCGUCGACGAGAUGCAUCUGUUGAUGGGUGCUGGAUCCAGUGGCGAAGGUGGAAUGGACGCUGCCAAUCUUCUCAAACCUAUGUUGGCCCGAGGUCAACUGCACUGCAUUGGCGCAACCACCCUCGCUGAGUACCGAAAGUACAUCGAGAAAGACGCAGCUUUUGAGCGACGUUUCCAACAAGUCCUUGUCAAAGAGCCUACCGUCCCAGAAACCAUCUCGAUUCUCAGAGGUCUGAAGGACAAGUACGAAGUCUACCACGGUAUCACUAUCUCGGAUGGUGCUAUUGUGACUGCUGCCACACUAGCAGCUCGUUACCUCACACAACGACGACUUCCUGACUCGGCUGUUGAUCUCAUCGAUGAAGCUGCAGCUGCAGUCAAGACUGAACGAGAAUCGCUACCAGAAGCUCUUGACAACCUCAACCGUAGGCUUCAGCAGCUCAAGAUUGAAAUCCACGCCUUGUCACGAGAGAAGGAUGAUGCUUCCAAGGCACGUCUUGCACAAGCCAAGCAAGAUGCAAGCAAUGUCGAGGAAGAACUCAGACCCCUGCGCGAGAAAUACGAGAGUGAACGAGCUAGAGGCAAACUCAUCCAAGACGCCAAAGUCAAGCUCGAUCAAUUGCGUGUCAAGAAAGAUGAAGCUAUGCGAAUGGGUGAUGAUCAAAAGGCUGCCGAUUUGCAAUACUAUGCCAUUCCCGAGCAAGAGCAAUUCAUCAAGAAGCUAGAGAAGGAUAAGGCAGCUGCUGAUGCCGCUCUCAGCACGAACAACCCAGACUCUGGCGGGUCACUCAUCACCGAUAUCGUUGGUCCAGACCAAAUCAACGAGAUUGUAGCGAGGGCUACCGGUAUUCCUGUCACGAGACUAAAGACAACCGAGAAAGACAAGCUUUUACACAUGGAGAAGGUCCUUGGCAAGAUCGUUGUUGGUCAAAAGGAGGCUGUCAAGGCAGUUUCUGACAAGAUUCGUCUUCAACGAUCUGGUCUCAGCAAUCCCAACCAACCUCCCAGCUUCCUCUUCUGUGGUCCAUCGGGUACUGGUAAGACACUUCUUACGAAGGCUCUUGCUGAGUUCUUGUUCGAUGAUCCAAAGGCCAUGAUUCGUCUCGAUAUGUCCGAAUAUCAAGAACGCCACUCACUCGCUCGUAUGAUUGGUGCUCCUCCAGGAUAUGUCGGACACGACGCAGGUGGACAACUUACGGAAGCUCUUCGAAGAAAGCCGUUCUCGAUUCUACUUUUCGAUGAAGUUGAGAAGGCUGCCAAGGAAGUUCUCACCAUCCUCCUCCAACUCAUGGACGAUGGUCGUAUCACCGACGGCCAAGGACGUGUUAUUGAUGCUCGCAACUGUAUCGUCAUCAUGACAUCCAACAUUGGCGCUGAAUACCUUCAACGUGCCACCACUGCCAGCGGCAAGAUUGACGAGACGACCAAGGCUAUGGUCAAGAAGGCUCUCGAGGAUUACUUCCUUCCCGAGUUCCUGAACCGAAUCAGCGAGACUAUCAUCUUCAACCGUCUGUCGAAGACCGAAAUCCGUAAGAUCGUUGAAGUCCGUCUGGCUGAAAUCCAGAAGCGUCUGGAGGCGAACGGCAAGAAUGUCAGAAUCGACUGUUCUCCGGCCGUAAGAGACUGGCUCGGAUCUGCUGGUUACAACCCACAAUACGGUGCCCGACCUCUUGCCAGACUUAUCGAGACAGAGGUCUUGAACAAGUUGGCUGUUCUCAUUCUCAGAAACAGCAUCAAAGACGGCGAGACUGCCAGAGUUGUCAUGGAUAAUGGAAGAAUCAAGGUCCUCGGCAACCACGAAGACUCUGCUUCAGAGAGCGACGAAGAUAUGGAGCUUGAUGCGGAAGAUGUUGCGGAUGCGAUGGGAGAAGGAGAUGACAUGGAUUUGGCCCUUUACGAUUAA